AUGGUGAGCGUGGCGCCUACGCCGCAACAGCUAAGCCUGGCGGACCUCAAGGCCCUGUCCGUGCUCGGCCAAUGCGUUAGGGGCGUGGUCUUCCACGUGCCUGUCGCCGCAGCUGCAGCCAGGGACAUAUCCACUGAUGCGAGGGAGGAGCCCGGGCUCAGCGGCGGCGGGGAUAGGCACCGGAGGAUCUGGUUCGAGUGUGACGUGCUGCUCGCGCUCUGCUACCCGCUCCUCCUGUCCCUCCGUGGCGUCAUGGCCACCGACGCCAUCGUCAGCUUCACCAUCGACCGAUGCCCCGGAGGUGACCUCAAGUCCCUCCAACGUCGGUGGCAGGCUGAGACGUUGUUCCCCGACUCUGUCAUCCGGUUCUACGCAGUGGAGAUGGUGCUUGCCCUUGAGCACCUCCACGGCCUCGGCGUUGUGUACCGUGACCUCAAGCCGAAGAACAUGCUCAUCCCGGACUCAAGCCACAUCAUGCUCAUCUAUUUCUAUGUAAUAUCUGAAAAAGAAAAGAAAAUAAAGAAAUAG